CGAUCGGAGAACGAUUUCUCACCGGUCAAGUUGCAUGAACUGGACGACCUGUUGCAUGGGAAGCGAAUUAAAUUGUCCAGGACCUCGUUUCGCGUAAGUUGUUCCAGUUAGCCCAGUCGUCGAACCCAAGAGCCAUUUUCACAAGACUCGAUCAAGUUAAUCAACGAUUAAACUAUUGUCAACAGGAAUAUUUUAACAUUCGUCGCCAGGAUUCGAUUAAUUUAAUCUAUUUACAUCAUUAUCAGCAUCAUCACUAUUGGAUAUUAUUUCAAUAAUUGGUCUUCGUUUUAGGUUCUAGCGGUCUAAUUUCGCCUUCACUACAAUCAGAAUUAGUACUUUCAUUUCUAAUAAUAUUCUCCAUUUCCAUUUUCUCGUUAUUGAAAAAUAUUGUAUCAAUUCUCUUGUGGUAAGGAAUAACAAAAUGGAAUGUAUGUAUAAAAUUAUAGAAAGUAUGUGUCAGUGAAUAAAAUUUUAUACAUUAUCUUAAAAUUAUAAAAAAAUACGCCAUUGAAGGACACUGAAGAGAAUCCGAAGGAUGAAAAAAAUGGAUCAGAAGAGGAUAAAGGAGACUAUUUUCCCAAUUGUGAUCCGUCUGUAUGGAUGAGAUCAUGUAAGGAAGAGGUGGUAGAACCGAUAGCUGGAGAGGUGACGGGCUCGAUACCGAGUUGGCUGAAGGGUACCUUGCUCAGGAAUGGACCGGGAAGCCUGCAAGUCGGGGAGUACACGUUUAACCACCUGUUUGACAGUUCGGCUCUACUGCACCGGUUCGCGAUCGCCAAUGGAAAAGUGACAUAUCAAUGCAGAUUCGUUCAGACGGACGUUUAUCGGAAAAACCAGGAGGCUCAGAGGAUAGUUGUCACCGAAUUUGGCACAAAACCUGUGCCGGAUCCUUGUAAAACCAUUUUUCAAAGGGUCACAUCGAUCUUUAAGCCCGGCGACGAAUCUGAUAAUUCGAUGAUAUCAGUGUAUCCGUUCUGCGACGAGUAUUACACGUUCGCGGAAACGUCCGUGAUUCAUCGCAUCGAUCCAGAAACUUUGGAGACAAAAGCUAAGGUGAACGUGUCUGAUUACGUUGGUAUAGUGAACCACACGUCGCACCCACAUGUGAUGAAUGAUGGCACCGUUUAUAAUAUGGGAUUAAGCGUAACGCCGCGAGGACCCAUGUACAAUGUCGUAUGCUUCUCGCCCACACAAAUUAUCGUUGAUGAAGAAGGGGAGGAGAAGGAAUUGUCAAUGUUCGAUCAGGCGACGAUCGUCGCCAGCAUUCCAUCCAGGUGGCUGUUGAAUCCUUCUUAUAUGCAUACAUUCGGUAUCACCGAGAAUUACUUUUUAGUAGUCGAACAGCCGUUGGCGGUGUCUCUGACCACGGUGAUGUCUUGUAAAAUGAAGCAGAAACCGUUGCGCGCUGCUCUAAAGUGGCACGAGAACGAAAACACUCUUAUACAUGUGGUUUCGAGGGAGACGGGGUUGGUGGAACGAACAUUUAUAUCUGAAGCGUUCUUUUAUUUACAUAUCAUAAAUCAAUUCGAAACGCGCGACCAUAAUUACGUGGUCCUGGACGUUUGUUGCUAUCGCGAUGCAUCCAUGUUGGACUGUAUGUUCAUCGACGCGAUGAAGAACUUGCAUAAGAAUCCUGAUUACGCAAAAAUGUUCCGCGGCAGGCCGCUACGGUUCGUUCUACCAAUGAAACGACCGCAGUCCGACGUUCCAUUAGAGUAUAAUUUGAUCACGGUAAAAACGGUGAGCCAGGGUUUGGAAUCGUUCCAAGAGACGUAUCUCACCAAAGAGAGUACAAAAGAAACAAUUUCCGUAAACGAUACUUCGGCGAAAAUUAAUGAUAAGGACAAGAGAAGUGAUUACAGAAAUUUACUUACUCGAAAAGCGGCCGCUCACAGACUGCCGGAUGGAAACAUUUUCGUAAAACCGGAACUGCUUUGCGACUUGGGAUGUGAAACGCCGAAGAUAAACUAUGAUUCUUGUCUCGGAAGGGAGUAUCGAUACUUCUAUGCUAUUUCCAGCGACGUGGAUUUAGAAAAUCCGGGGACGAUAAUUAAAGUAGAUAUUUUGGAGAAGACAAGGAAAACUUGGUGCGAGAAAAAUGUUUAUCCGAGCGAACCGAUUUUCGUCCCAAAUCCAAAUGGAAAGAGCGAGGAUGACGGCGUGGUAGUGAGCUCAAUCGUGUGGUCCGAUAACGAGACACGCGCUGGCCUGCUGAUCCUAGACAGUGUGACUCUCACGGAAAUCGCGAGGGCCACUUUCGAUACACCUGGCCCGGUGCCAAAGUGCCUACACGGUUGGUUCACCUUGGCCAAGUGAAAUGGCAAACAUGGACUAAUAAACGAUGGACACUCAAUAAGCCUUUCUGGUUUGUGACAACGUUGCAGAUUAAAUUUUUAAUUCAAUUUAACACCAUUAGGUAUAAUUAACAUUUGAGUUUUAAUUCGGAUUUCAUUAACAUUACUUAAUUAUCUUAAGCGGAAGAAAUGCAAAUGGACGAUUGAAUUUUAAUUCUUAAUUAAAAAAUACUCCAAUUGUUGAUUGAGAUUAUAGAGAAUCGUUAAUUGUUAAUGCGGCAAUUAACGUAAUCUGCAACGUUAUGAUCUUGAUUGCAAUCGUUCGUUAAUAUUUUUUCUCCUUUUUCUUUUUUUUUUAAAUAAAGUAUUUCAUCUUGGUUCAUCGUUAACGACUUGCACUCGUUCAGAUCACACACUGAUUCCAUCCGAGAAUAAACAAUAUAAUGUUUAAACUCAAUGUUUCGUCUGACACUUCGACUCGUGUAAUUUUGAAAGACGUUUGGAUGUAACUAAUGCCGAAGGUCUAAGAGCUAACAAUUAAAAUCCUUAUUGGUUUCUUUCAAUAAUCAAUCGAGGAAAACGUCCGUAUUAGAGGGAAAUAAUAACAGCACAGUUCAUGUAUGUACAUAUGUAUGUAUAUAUACAAUACAAUAAAUUAUUCAAUGUCUUCUUCCGA